GUGACCCUCAUCAUCAAGGCGCCCAACCAGAAAUACACCGACCAGACCAUUAACUGCUUUCUGGACUGGACUGUGGGCAAGCUCAAGUCUCACCUCUCUAAAGUCUACCCCAGUAAGCCGUCUACAAAGGAUCAGAGACUGGUGUAUUCUGGCAGACUGCUUCCUGAUCAUCUGCAGCUGAAAGAUGUUCUCAGAAAACAAGAUGAAUAUCAUAUGGUUCAUCUGGUAUGUACUUCCCGGACACCCCCAAGUUCUCCAAAACCCAGCACCAGUAGAGAAGGUCACGGAGCUUCAACCUCCAGCAGUAGCUCAAAUUUAGACUGUUCUGGAUCAACUGCUGCCUCAGCCGCAAACCAAGAAGCUUCAUCUACAUCUUUGAACACUAGUGCAGAUGGAGUGAGGCAUCGUAAUCUUCCACAAGCACAAAGCAAUCCCAUGCCAAGCCAUCAGUUCCCUUAUUUAAUGCAAGGCAGUAUAGGCAACCAAUUUCCAGGUCAAAGUGUUCCUGCUGGAUUUUCUAUGUAUCCUGCAUUCAGUCCCUUACAGAUGAUCUGGUGGCAACAAAUGUAUGCUCGUCAGUACUACAUGCAAUACCAAGCAGCUGUUUCAGCCCAAGCGACUGAGCCAGCAAGAUCUGCAGUUGCCCAGGCUGUAAAUUCAGAACAUGCUCCUGCAAAUGAGCCCGCAGCAGUGCCAAAUGUAGCCGUCCAGGAGAACAGGCCUGUAAACCCAAAUGUUCAGAUGAAUGCACAGGGUGGCCCAGUAGUGAAUGAGGAGGACUUCAACCGGGACUGGCUGGACUGGAUGUACACGUUCUCUAGAGCAGCAAUUCUUCUGAGCAUUGUAUACUUCUAUUCUUCCUUCAGUCGAUUUGUCAUGGUAAUGGGAGCCAUGCUACUGGUUUAUUUACACCAAGCUGGAUGGUUCCCCUUCAGGCAAGAGGGAGGCCAGCAACAGGCAGCCAAUAACGUGGAAGUGAACCGUGAUGGGCAACAUGCAAAUAAUCCAGAUCUUGAAGAGAUGGAACGACUUAUGGAUGAUGGCAUUGAAGAUGACAGCGGAGAAGAUGCAGGUGAAGAUGCCAAUACAGAGCAGCAGCCUGGAUUCAUGGCUUCUGCUUGGUCCUUUAUCACAACCUUCUUCACAUCACUGAUCCCUGAAGGGCCUCCUCAGGUUGGCAAUUAAAGUGGAAAAGGAACUGUGUCAGGCAGCCUCAGUAGCCAUACGUAGAAGUGGAACAGAUUCCUAGAGAGUGUUUUAAAUACAGUGCAAUUUUUGAAAAUUUAUAAUGUUAUCUUUUUGAUCAUGGUGUACAAAAAUGUGUAUUUUUUUCUUUUGGCUUUCUCACGCAUUGAAUAUUUUAAGCACAAGUGGACUACUAAAUGCUUUCUUUAAGAUUCUUCUUUUUCUGAAGAACAAAAUGUAAAGAUAUUGGUCUUCCAUAUUUUAUUUUAAUUUCAAAUGUGUAUUAUACUGAGGCAAAAAGCUUGUACUUAAUCUGCACCAUUACCUCUUUAAAGAGCUGUUAAAAAUAUGAAUGUUGAUGGACCUUUCCAAAUGCUACCUAUUCAUCUGAAUAACUGUAAUGAAUCUUAUGUUAAUUUUAUACAGGGUAUGAAUUACCACUUGAGAUUUGGAGUUUAUAUCAUUCCCGAGGGAAUAAUGUAAACACAAGGAUUAUUUGCUAAUGGCACAUUGUCUUCAUGCCACAUAAUACUAAGCCUCUUAUACAUUUAGAAAGCGAGAAGCUUUUUUCUUGAAGGCUACACUGAAGUCCAUUAC